AUGAGGCCGCUCCCCCUGCUGCAGCUCGCGCUGACCCUCGCCCAGCCGGGGCUCCUGGCAGGAAAGGUGUGCGCGUCCACGUCCUGUGAGUGCCACCAGGAGGAUGACUUCAGAGUCACCUGCAAGGAGGUACACAGCAUCCCCAAACUACCGCCCGGCACGCAGACUCUGAAGCUUAUAGAGACACAUCUGAAAACCAUCCCCAGUUGUGCAUUCUCAGAUCUUCCCAAUAUUUCCAGGAUCUACUUAUCAAUAGAUACAACUCUGCAGCAACUAGAAUCACAUUCCUUCUACAAUCUGAGUAAACUGACACACAUAGAGAUUCGGAAUACCAGAAGCUUAACCUACAUAGACUCUGGCGCUUUCAAAGAACUUCCCCUUCUAAAGUUCCUUGGCAUUUUCAACACUGGACUUAGAACAUUCCCUGACCUGACCACCGUUUAUUCUACUGAUGUAUUCUUUAUACUUGAAAUUACAGAUAAUCCUUAUAUGACUUCAAUCCCUGAUAAUGCUUUCCGGGGACUCUGCAAUGAAACCUUGACACUGAAAUUGUACAAUAAUGGCUUUACUUCUAUCCACGGAUAUGCUUUCAAUGGAACAAGGUUGGAUGCUGUUUACCUGAACAAGAAUAAAUACCUGAGAGAUAUUGAUAGAGAUGCAUUUGGAGGAGUCUACAGUGGACCAACACUGCUGGAUGUGUCUCAUACCAGUGUGACAGCCUUGCCAGCCAAAGGCCUGGAGCACCUCAAGGAACUGGUAGCAAGAAGUACUUGGACUCUAAAGAAACUUCCACUUUCCUUGAGUUUCCUUCACCUCACACGAGCUGACCUUUCUUACCCAAGCCACUGCUGUGCUUUUAAGAAUCAAAAGAAAAUCAGAGGAAUUCUUGAGUCCCUAAUGUGCAAUGGGAGCAAUAUUCAGAGCCUACGUCAGAAAAAAUCUGUGAAUGCCUUCAAUGUUCCCUUCUACCAGGAAUACGAAGACAACAUGGGAGACAGCGGUGCAGUGUACAAAAGAAACUCCAAGCUCCAGGAUACCCAAAGCAACUCUCAUUAUUAUGUCUUCUUUGAAGGUCAAGAAGAUGAGACCAUUGGCUUUGGCCAGGAACUGAAAAACCCCCAGGAAGAGACCCUGCAGGCCUUUGACAGCCAUUAUGACUACACUGUGUGUGGGGGCAAUGAAGACAUGCUAUGUACGCCCAAGUCAGAUGAGUUUAACCCCUGUGAAGACAUAAUGGGUUACGAGUUCCUGCGAAUUGUGGUGUGGUUUGUUAGUCUGCUGGCUCUCCUGGGCAAUGUCUUUGUCCUGGUCAUCCUGCUGACGAGUCACUACAAGUUGACUGUCCCACGAUUUCUCAUGUGCAACUUGGCCUUUGCAGAUUUCUGCAUGGGGAUAUAUUUGCUCCUCAUUGCCUCUGUAGACCUCUACACUCACUCUGAGUACUACAACUAUGCCAUUGACUGGCAGACAGGCCCUGGGUGCAACACAGCCGGCUUCUUUACAGUCUUUGCGAGUGAGCUGUCAGUGUAUACGCUGACAGUCAUCACCCUGGAGCGCUGGUAUGCCAUCACCUUUGCCAUGCGUCUGGACCGGAAGAUCCGCCUCAGGCACGCGUACGUCAUCAUGAUUGGGGGCUGGAUUGGCUGCUUCCUGCUGGCUCUGCUCCCAUUGGUAGGAAUAAGCAGCUAUGCCAAGGUUAGCAUAUGCCUACCCAUGGACACAGAGACCCCUGUUGCCCUGGCAUAUAUUAUCUUCGUCCUGUUGCUCAACAUAGUCGCCUUUAUCAUUGUCUGUGCUUGUUACGUGAAGAUCUACAUCACGGUUAGAAACCCCCAGUACAAUCCCGGGGAUAAAGACACCAAGAUUGCCAAAAGGAUGGCAGUCUUGAUCUUUACUGAUUUUAUGUGCAUGGCCCCAAUCUCAUUCUAUGCUCUGUCAGCACUAAUGAACAAGCCUCUCAUCACUGUCACCAACUCCAAAAUUCUGCUGGUUCUCUUCUAUCCACUUAACUCCUGUGCCAAUCCAUUCCUCUAUGCCAUUUUCACCAAGGCCUUCCAGAGGGAUGUGUUCAUCCUGCUCAGCAAGUUUGGCAUCUGUAAGCGCCAGGCGCAGGCAUACCGAGGCCAGAGAGUUUCUCCCAAGAACAGCAUGGCUCUUCAAGUCCAAAAAGUGAACCAGGACAUGAGGCAAAGUCUCCCCAACACGCAGGAUGACUAUGAGCUGCUUGGAAACUCUCACCUAACUCCAAAUAAGCAGAAUCAAAUCUCACAAGAGUACAAGCAGACAGCUUUGUAA